AAUAAUAUUUUGAAACAAAUUUUUGAAGGAACAUUUUUGUAAGAUUUAAUACUUUUAAAAUGGCAAAUGAUCACUAACCAAUUUGAGUUGUAUUCAUUGGUACUAAUAUCCAUGCAGUUUGAGAUGAAUGACUUGUUUUUCAUUUAAAACAAUCAAAUCUUUCUAAUAAAUUGCUGUGCAAUAUGUGUUAAGUAGUGUUUGUGGGCAUUUAAAUCGUCUUAAGACACACAUAACUUUCCUGCCAGUCAGAAACCAGUACUGAGCAGUAAAAAUGUCAAAUUCCCAAGUGUAUUCAACAUGCAUUUUUCCAUCAUCUGUUCCCAUGAGCUCAGGUUUGAAGGUAAAUGAACUUGACAACUUCUUUCCUGACUUUCCCUUUUCCUCGCAGGCAAAUAUCCCUCCUUCUCACUCAUCGCGUCCUCUGCGUUAUCCUUUCAAUUCUGAGCUCAUUUCAUCCCCUACAAACAUCAUCUGUCCUGCACAGAAGUGGCAGAGAGGCAGGAGAGAUCAGGACGAGGGUAAAGCAGAGCGGCUCAGUGUGAAACAGCGUUAUGUGAAAAAAACAAGAGGAGAGGAAAGGAAACAUAAAUACAAGAGCAAAUAUACAGAAAAAGAAGCAUAUAACUGAGGAGGAGGAAGAGGAGGAGGAGGAGAAGUCGCUCUGUUCACCUGAUCUCACUUCCCGUUCAUCUCGGUUGGAGGUUCUGCCUGACAACUGUUGCCAUGGGUGAAAUGGCGCAACUUCGGAAGGAGGUCGAGGACCUCAAGGAGAAGAUCUCUGAGGCACGUAAAGGAGUGAAGGAUGCCACGCUGCAGGAUAGCGUCUCAGGCACAGCAGCAUUGGGAAAGGUUCAGCUCAAAUCCAGAAAGACACUGAGAGGACACCUGGCCAAGAUCUACGCCAUGCAAUGGGCCACAGAUUCAAAACUCUGUGUGAGCGCAUCUCAGGAUGGCAAACUGAUCGUGUGGGACACCUACAGCACCAACAAGGUGAACGCCAUCCCACUGAAGUCUUCGUGGGUGAUGACGUGUGCUUACGCUCCCUCAGGAAACCUGGUGGCAUGUGGUGGCUUGGAUAACAUGUGCUCUAUCUACAACCUGAUGCCUAAAGACGGCCAUAUUAAGGUCAUGCGUGAGCUGGCUGCACAUACAGGCUAUUUGUCUUGCUGUCGCUUCCUGAGUGACACCGAGAUCAUCACCGGUUCUGGAGACUGUACCUGCUGUCUCUGGGACAUCGAGACUGGAGCACAGAAGACGAUUUUUUCUGGCCACAUUGGUGACUGCAUGUCAAUGGCUGUGUCUCCAGAUUUUAAUUGUUUUAUUUCAGGAGCAUGUGACUACACAGCCAAACUGUGGGACAUACGAGAGGGCCGGUGCAAACAGACAUUCUAUGGUCAUGAGAGUGACAUAAAUGCUAUUGGGUUCUUCCCCAACGGUAAUGCAGUGAUCACUGGCUCAGACGACUCGUCCUGCAGGCUGUACGAUCUGCGCGGUGAUCAGGAGCUGGCCACCUACCAGGAUUCGAACCUCAAUAGCGGUGUCACCUCCCUCGCACCAUCACUUUCCGGACGCCUCCUUCUGGCUGGCUACGAUGACUUCACCUGCAACAUCUGGGACAUGCUGAAGGCUGAGCGAGUGGGAACACUGUCAGGCCAUGAUAACCGAGUGAGCUGCCUCGGUGUGACAUCUGAUGGAAUGGCUUGCUGCACAGGAUCCUGGGAUAGCUUCCUGAAGGUCUGGAACUGAAACAACUUCUGAAUGAGUCGCAUCUUCUAAAGAAAAGAGGAAAUACAUGAUUCAGGGAAACACCUGAGUGGGUUUAAAAUUGGG